GCGUUGUGCUAUUGGAUUUGAUAUUAUUGAUCUUGGUUUCUAAUUUUGCUCUUUAUUCUUUCCUUCCUACAAACAAAAGGACCAAAAAAAUUUAAGGGAAGAUUAAUCUUCUCUUAAGAGAAGUAUGAUUGUUUAAAAAAAAAAAAAAAAAAAUUGAGAAGUAUGAACUGGGUUUCUUCAAUUCACUAUCUUUAUGAUUUUAUGGUACAUGUCGAGAUAGCUUCAGCUUGUUAAUUUUGUUUUAAGAAUUGUCUGGGUCAUUUUGAUGGAUAAUUGAUCUCAUGGAGUCGCACAUACAAAACGUAUCUCAUUUAUCAUCUUUGCUGGAUUUUUGCAGAAUUUCAAGAUUUUUAAAGAUUCCAUUUCACAAAGCAGCUGUUUUAGAUUUUUCUCUUUUUUAAGGUUUAAUUUCAUAAAGCAGUUUUUCAUAUUUUUGGUCAAAAAGAAGCUUCACUCUUCCCUACAGAACUACAAGAAGUGGUGCAUUUUGAGUAUUUACUCUUGCCGUUUGUUUUGUAGUCCGUCAUUCUAUAUAAAAUUUGUAGCUGUCCAACUGAAUGGUCUAAUUGGGAAAAUACUAAAUACUGGAAUCUAUCUAUCUGAUUAAGGUCCCAUAUCUGUGUUAUGUUUUUUUGAAAGAAAUAUGGAUUUGGUUUGCAGGAAGUGGAAAUUUUUAGCCUCAGACAACAAUCUAUGGUCCACUUUAUUCAAGGAAAGAUGGGGACGAGAUCAUGCCGCAUUCUAUGCUCCCGUUAGUUCAAAGUUGUGGAAAGAUGUCUAUGAGGUCCAAGACCGUUGUGAUCGAAUUGGUUUGGGGUUGAAGAUAGUCAGAGAAGGCAGUGACUACUAUCUUGUUCACCAAGGUGAAAUCCAACGCUAUUUGGGUUCAAGGAGACAGAGGAAAGGGGUGAAUAAUGGUAGCCCUCUGGGUUUGAAAAGAGAAGUCAUUGGAGAAGGAUCAUUACAAGAAGAGGAUUCUAAUGAAGAAUCCUGCCGAGGGAUUUUGGACAAAAUUCUUUUCUUCAUAGGAGACUUGGAAGUUGCUUCAACAGAAGCUAAACGCAGCCGAGUGCUGUGAACAGUUCUUGAAGCAUUAGAAAAUUCAUCUGUAAAAUUGCUCUGUAUUUUAAUUUUGAAAUUUGGUUAGUGUGGAUUUGAUUAAUGUAAUAUCUAUUCUAUUCGUUAUCAUCAAUAAAAUUUGAUUUACCUUUUUGAUUGUA